AUAUUGUUACUGGGGAUCCUCGGCCAUGACCGAGCCCGAUCCAAGAAAGUAGCUUGAUGAGUGUCCAAAGUAACAGUGGAAGUGGUGGAAGUUUGGAGGGGACGCCAUCUUGGUCCCAGCUCUCCACGUCCCCAACGCAGGGCUCGGCUUUCCUGCAGAAUAGCACGCCACCUGGCAAGGCUAAAGAAGGUGCCAUGGAUGAGCUCCAUAGCUUGGACCCAAGACGGCAAGAAUUAUUGGAGGCCAGAUUUACAGGAGGAGUCAGUGGAAGUACUGGCAGUACCGGCAGUUGCAGUGUUGGGGCAAAAGCCUCAACAAACAAUGAAAGCUCAAACCACAGUUUUGGAAGCCUGGGUUCGUUAAGUGACAAAGAAUCAGAGACUCCAGAAAAGAAGCAGUCUGACUCUUCAAGAGGAAGAAAGAGGAAAGCUGAAAAUCAGAAUGAAAGCAGUCAAGGGAAAAAUAAUGGAGGGCGGGGACACAAAAUAAGUGAUUAUUUUGAGUACCAAGCUGGGAAUGGCACUAGUCCUGUCCGAGGCUUACCACCUUCUAUCCGGUCGCCUCAGAACUCACAUUCACAUUCCACACCUUCUUCGUCUGUCCGACAAAACAGCCCAUCUCCCACUGCUUUAAUUUUUGGGGACCAUCUUAUUACUCCAACAAAGCAGUUAUCAUAUAAACUUAUCCAGACGGAUCUUACAGUACAGAAACUUGCUGCCCUAGAAAGUAAUAAAAACCAGGACCUGGAAAAAAAAGAAGGCAGAAUAGAUGAUUUACUCAGGAUAAACUGUGACCUUAGAAGACAGAUAGAUGAACAACAAAAAAUCCUCGAAAAGUACAAGGAGAGGUUAAAUAAAUGCAUCUCAAUGAGUAAGAAGCUGCUUAUUGAAAAGAGCACUCAGGAAAAGUUGGCGAGUAGAGAAAAAAGCAUGCAGGACAGAUUACGACUGGGACACUUCACAAGCGUUCGGCACGGAGCCUCGUUUACAGAACAGUGGACAGAUGGCUUUGCUUUUCAAAAUCUUGUCAAGCAGCAGGAAUGGGUGAAUCAGCGGAGAGAAGAUAUUGAGCGACAAAGAAAGCUAUUGGCCAAGCGAAAACCUCCAACAACAAACAAUUCUCAAACACCCUCUGCAAUUUCUGAGCCAAAGCAAAGGAAAACUAAAGCUGUAAAUGGAGCCGAAAGUGACCCUUUUUUAAAACCUAGUUUACCCCAAUUGUUAACAUUAGCCGAGUACCACGAGCAGGAAGAAAUUUUUAAACUAAGGCUAGGACAUCUGAAAAAGGAAGAAGCUGAAAUCCAGGCAGAGUUGGAACGAUUGGAAAGGGUUCGAAAUCUACACAUACGAGAACUUAAAAGAAUAAAUAAUGAAGAUAAUUCACAAUUUAAAGAUCACCCUACGUUGAAUGAACGAUAUUUAUUACUUCAUCUACUAGGUCGAGGCGGUUUUAGUGAAGUGUACAAGGCUUUUGAUCUUUAUGAACAAAGAUACGCUGCUGUGAAAAUUCAUCAACUUAACAAAAGCUGGCGAGAUGAAAAGAAGGAAAACUACCACAAGCAUGCCUGCAGAGAGUAUAGAAUACACAAAGAACUUGACCAUCCAAGAAUAGUUAAAUUAUAUGAUUACUUUUCAUUGGAUACAGACACGUUUUGUACAGUGCUAGAAUACUGUGAAGGCAAUGACCUUGACUUCUAUUUAAAGCAGCAUAAGUUAAUGACUGAAAAAGAAGCUAGGUCAAUUGUAAUGCAAAUCGUCAAUGCACUACGUUAUCUCAAUGAGAUCAAACCACCUAUAAUCCAUUAUGAUUUGAAACCAGGAAAUAUCCUUCUUGUUGACGGGACGGCGUGUGGAGAGAUAAAAAUUACAGACUUUGGCUUGUCAAAAAUUAUGGAUGAUGAUAGUUACUGGGUAGAUGGAAUGGACUUGACCUCUCAAGGGGCAGGAACAUACUGGUAUCUUCCCCCUGAAUGUUUUGUGGUGGGUAAGGAACCACCAAAGAUUUCAAAUAAGGUUGAUGUGUGGUCAGUCGGAGUCAUAUUUUUUCAGUGUCUUUAUGGCAGAAAGCCAUUUGGUCACAACCAAUCCCAGCAAGACAUCUUACAGGAAAAUACAAUAUUAAAAGCAACAGACGUUCAGUUUCCUGUGAAGCCAGUUGUAACCAAUGAAGCCAAGGCUUUCAUCAGACGGUGUUUAGCGUACCGCAAAGAAGAUAGGUUUGAUGUCCACCAAUUGGCUAACGAUCCUUACCUACUUCCCCACAUGAGAAGAUCCAACUCUUCAGGAAAUCUACAUAUGUCUGGACUAGUUGCACCUCCAAUACCCCCUACUUCAAGUAUCAUUUCAUACUGAUACUUGAACAUAGCCUGGCAUGACUGUACUUUUAAAAAGCUUUCAGGUGCAAAAAAAAUUAAAGUUUUUCAACCCCGGAUGAGUUUGAAGGUAUUAGUGUUUUGAAGGUCUUUCUCUGUAGUGUUAUUGAUAUGGUGAGAGAAGAUGAAUGAGACUGUGAAAAAAAUUUACCUAUUGACUCUAAUGUAACAAUACAUUGGCUUCCAUUUAAUAUGUGAUCAACCGGUUUUCACUUUGUGGGUAAGGAUUCAACUGUGUUUUCAGUGCCCAAAGUGGUAAGGAUGAUUACUUUGCAAUAUAUUGCUUGGUGGCCAAUGUUAAAAUGAUUCUGAUUGUUGCACAUUAAACCAGACUUGCUUCUAUGUUCAAGCAAGAGUAAAAUAAUUGUCUUUUUUGGAGGGACAUUGUAAAUAUUAUUUGUAAUACUAAACACAAUUGGUUGAUACUGGAGCGUUUUAGCAUGAAGGGCAUUUUUCAUUAUGUAAUUAAAAAAUAAAUAAAAAGGAAAAUCUAUGAUUAAAAUAUUGACUUUACGUUACAAGGGAACAUGCACUGCCCACAAUCAUCAACACCUGUUUAAUUAAACCAAAGCUAAGUAAGGGUGUUUUCACAAUUUAUUUGAAGAGAAUUCCACUUUUCUUUAUUUAGAUAUAUUCACGUUUCAGAGUAAAGUUAUGAGUAGAUGAGCCAUUUGUGCUCUUGAUUUUAGUUCUAUAUUGGAUCAUUCCAUCAUGAAAAAUGUAAUUAUUUUGUUGUUUUAUACACAUGGUGUGCAUACAGUAGGUACCAAAAGCAAGCAAGACCUAAUAUAUAAUGUUCUAUGCAGGAUAAUGACAAAUUCCCUUCUAGUCUAAUGUAUAUUGUUGUACAGAUGUCAUUUGUUAAUGUAUUUUCAGCAGCUUUAUUU